AUGCAGAGCAUUAAAAACAUGAGUGAAUUUGAGAACUUUCUGAAGAGUGCUGGUUCCAAACUUGUUGUCGUUGACUUCUCAGCAAAAUGGUGUGGUCCAUGCAAAAGAAUUGGCCCUGUUGUUCAUGAAAUGGCUAUGCGAUAUGAAAAUGUAGUAUUUGCCAAUGUGGAUGUGGAUGCUGCAGCGGAGGUGGCCAGUUCUUGUCAAGUCAAAUCCAUGCCCACCUUUCAGAUGUAUAAAGAAUCCCAAAAGGUAUUUUACAUCCCCAUAGUAAUUGGUAGUGGUUAUAUUCUGAUUGUGGCAGGAUAA